AAAGUCCUCUUGAGGAAAGUCCUUUAAUCAGCCUUUUCUCGGGAGCACUCUUGGUCACCGCCUCCACCUCUGGGUGGAAUCACCCCCCUCCCCUCUCUGCUCUCAUCACCUCCUUCUUCCUCAUAAUGCAGGGUUACCCGACAAUCAGAACAGGUAUUUGCUUAGGGGUCCCCCGGGUUCUAUAGGGAGCCUGAGCGCUGUUUGUGCCCAUGAGGCCUGGCCCAUGGGUUCCACCCUGUCCUUCCCAGCCCUGCUCCAGCUCUGUCCUUGGCUGGCUCCCCAACCCCCCUCCUGUCUUCAGAAGACCACCCCCUUCUGGAAUCCUGAGCUGCGUCUGCCACUCAACUGCCGCAGACACAGACACCCACCUCUCUCCUGCAACCCGGUCAGGCCCGGCCCAGCCUCCAGUCACCCGAAUCCCCACCCAUCCCUUAAGUGUGAACCCUCAGCCCCAGGUCCAGCAUCCUCCCCUCCAGGCUCAGGGAGGCUCUGUGGACUCUGAGGGGCUGAGGGGAAUCUGGGGAGAGUCCUGGAAAAUCAGCCGCUCCCCAAACCCUGCUCCCAGCAGCCAGGGACUCUUGUCUGCCAGUUUCUGCAACCUGAGGGGCCCAGUGCCUCAGCAAUCCUCCCAGUCCAGGUCCUGUCUCCUGCCUGAAGCUGGAUCCGGGUUCCGCACCAGGCUACUGGAAGUGGUCAUGGGCCUGGAAGGAAGUCAGAUGCCUCUCUGCCAGCCCACCCGACCAGCCCAGCUCGGGUGCCGAAAGCCAGCCCUCAGCCCCCGGAGAGAGCAAAGUCCAGUGGAUUUGUGCACUGGAGCAGCAGCCCCGGUGCAACUGGGCGGUGGAGACCAGCACCAUCCGAGUUGGCAGAGUUAGGACCAGUGGCACCGUCCCCUUUCCCUCCAGCUCAGGGGUCCUAGGAGGAUAAUGGAGACAUAACAGGUCAAGCCUGCCUCAGGCCUUGCCCCAGGCAGCAGCGGGACCCACUCACCCCUCACCACCCCACAGGGCCUAGGCCCUUCUUGCCCAAGCAAAACCCCAUGAAAAUAAAAUCACACCGACACCUGUUA